UGUUUGUCAAGAGAUCAGAGGAACAUGGCUUCAUCCUUUCUGAGCUUCUCCCUCCUCUUCAUCACUGUCUACACAGCAGAUGGAUUUAUGCAUUAUGUGGAGACCAGCUGUGAGUUUAACACCACUAAGCUGGAGGACAUCAGGUUCAUCCAGUCUUAUUAUUACAACAAGUUGGAGUACACCAGGUUUGACAGCAGUGUGGGAAAGUAUGUUGGAUUCACUGAGUACGGAGUGAAGAACGCAGACUACUGGAACAACAUUCCUUCACAGCUGGCUCAGGCGAAAGCUCGGAGGGAGACGUACUGCCUAAACAACGUUAAGAUUGACCACCAGGCUGCUCUGACUAAGUCAG